AUGGCAUCACUAAUAACGCGUCAAAAAACAAUAUUGUCACGCGAAAACGACUCACAGAGUGAGAACAAGACACCAUAUUUGGCGGCUCAUUCCUGGAAACCUUCAUUUGCUAUGAAUGAGCAACUUCUAUGUUACAAAGGUUUAAACGGGGAUAUUGCCAGCUACGCGGGCGACUUAAGUAAAAGUCUUGUAAAUCAUACCGAUGGUUCAAAGCCUUGGGAAACCAACAGUUUGAAAGAUCUCCUUGAAGCAUGGCGUCAAUAUCUGAGCGCAUGUAGCCACAAACACGAGUACUGCUUGGAAAAGUACCACUGCAAUCCAGACAUUCCUGGUGAGCUUUACAACCAAUUUGGUCUGUCUGGAAAUUGUACGAUUGAAAGCCCAGUCAUACGUUGCUCUACCUAUUCCAACAAAGUCAACACUUAUAUGACAACCAAAACCUGGAACAAGAAGGACUUAUGCAAGCGUCUCAACAAAAGCGAAUCCAACUUUAGUAGACUUUUGGUUUGGCCAGCAGUCGAAGUAUCCGUUGACUUAGUUGAGGCUCUUGAAUUCUUGCCUGGGGAAUACGCCCUCAAAUCGACCAACGAAAAUUAUAACGCGGACGGUUGUGUCGUCGACGAGGAUGACGACGAGAUGUUCUUCCUCGAAACAUCCGGAAAACUGAUGUUGAAUGAAAAAUGGAAAUAUGGCUACGAUCAUAUAUAUCUGGAGCGCUCCCUUUCCAGUUUGAUUGACAUGAAGCAGGAAUACGAGAAAUACGAAGUUCAAAGGAUGCUUGGGGGCACCGAAUCUCGUACCUCGCUGGUCGAAAUGGUCAACAUGGACCUGCAAAAGCCUUUGAAAGGCGAUGGGUAA